UGAGUUGUCAAGUUCUCGGUGAAAAUUUCAAAUUUUGCAAUGUAUUCAGAACAUAUUUAUCAUGUUUUCAUGAAUGAAUUGAGUGAUAUUUCUGCAUCAGAAAUACAAAAGUAGAUAUAAUAAUAUCACACUUUUCAAUUACUAUGUCAAUGAAGAAUAAUUUACCACUAAAUCCAGCCCCAGAGCAACCUAAAUCAAAAAUAUUAUGUCUGGAUAUCAGCAACUAUUCAAAAACAACACAAUUCAUUUCGUGUAGUAUUGCGGUUUUUUUAUUUUUCUUACUUUAUGGCUAUAUGCAAGAACUAAUAUUCACGAUUCAGGGGUUCCAGCCCUAUGGUUGGUUUUUGACACUGGUACAAUUUGGGUUCUAUACUAUUUUUGGUUACACUGAAACGAAAAUUCAGAAACUAACAUCUAGAAGAAUUCCUAUGAAGUCAUAUUUCUUGUUGGCACUACUAACUCUUGGCACCAUGGGAUUUUCAAAUUCUUCAUUGGGAUAUCUAAAUUAUCCCACUCAAGUUAUAUUUAAAUGUUGUAAGCUAAUACCUGUUAUGGCAGGAAGUAUUUUAAUUCAAGGAAAAAAAUAUGGACCUCUUGAUUUUACUGCUGCAGUUUUUUUAUGUGUAGGAUUAACAUUAUUUACUUUAGCUGAUUCACAAGUACAACCUAAUUUCAAUACAACUGGAAUCAUUAUGAUCUCUAUGGCAUUAUUGUGUGAUGCAGUAAUAGGAAAUGUACAAGAAAAAUCUAUCAAAACCUAUGGUGCUCAUAAUGCUGAAGUGGUCUUGUACUCUUAUGCCAUUGGAUUUGUUUAUUUAUUCAUAAUAAUGCUAAUCACAGGUGAUUUACUUCAAGGAUUUAAAUUCUUUUCUAAGGAUCCUGAAAAAUGCUAUGGGUAUGCAUUUAUUUUUUCUUUGACUGGAUAUUUGGGAAUUCAAAUUGUGCUUACAUUAAUCACUAUAUCUGGUGCAUUCACUGCAGUAACUGUAACAACAUUCCGAAAAGCACUAACAAUAGUGAUCUCAUUUGUGUUCUUCUCAAAGCCCUUCACUUUGCAGUAUGUAUGGUCGGGGCUAAUAGUUGUUCUAGGAAUUUAUAUAAAUUUAUAUGCCAAGAAAAAUCCAAUAAGUUUUACUGAUUUGGAAAUGAAAGUAGAACAUCUGUUCAGGUAUGUGAAACUCAGGUUUUCUUCAAGAAAAUACCAUAAUCAUUAUAUGUCGAACAUAUGAACAUGGAGGAAUUCCUUGGAAGAAACAAUUUUGAAUGUGAUUAAAUUUACUUACGAAUUCAUUUUAUUCAAUAGAUUGUAUAUAGGAAUUUAUUUUCAUGUAUAUACCAUUUAAUAGCCAUUCGUUUUAAUUUGAUUGGAAAAAUAAAAGUCACUUUACACUUUUA